GAUGUGCCGGAGCUCGAACACUCGGCAACAACCAGGAGAGGAUCAGCCAUGACAGAGAGGGACACGCACACUUUGACACCAGUACAAUAUGCGGUAAGGCCGAGAGACUAUUAUGACCUUUGAGUUUAGGUAAUGUUAUUGUCCACACGUGGAAGCCAACCACUGAAAUUAAAACAACAAAUACGAUUUGUCAAUUCAUUGCCUGACUUGACAUCGUUUCUAAUACAAUCCACCCUCUUUAAAUGAUCCUUUCUAAGUUACUUAUGUAUAAUUUUAUGUCAUCGCAGCACCUGCCAACCUUUUUAAAUGUUAGACAACGCUUUUAGUAAAACCACACCUUAAUCUCAAGGCUCCCCUGAAAAGGUGUAGUGCCUUUUUUAAAACAUGGCAUCAAAGUUAAGGAGCUGGACCUCCACAGCAGUGAGAUAGAAGACAUCCCCAGCUACUCUCAGGUGUGCGAAGGGGAAUCAUGGAACCGACCGUGUUGUCUGGCCCUCUGGGGCACACGCCGUGGGAGUCGGACCAGUCCUUUCCUCUCGGAUUUCACACCCUGGAUUCAGACAACGGGGGUGUGCUCUGUCAAAACAAGAGUGGCCGGACUGGUUUGGAUUUCAGAGACAGUGACCAAGAUCACACAUCCCAACAAAGUGGAGAAGCUGAGGUUUUCCAGGACGAGCCCCAGGUGGAGUUGGGCCAACUCAUAAAUAUCUCUGAUUUCUCUUGUGGAGAUUUGCAGUUUGAGGCCGACCAGUCCGCACUUUCCAAAGCUUCUCUCCAUAGUUCACAGCUAGAGGACUUGUCCUUUACAGAAAAAACUGAGGGACCUGAUGAAAUCAAUGACUAUACCUUAUCAUGGUUAUUUCCUCCAAACCUCACUGAUGUGGUUGGAAAGAGGUCUGCCUGUGAGGAACUGAAUCUGACAGAGGAGGCCCCUCUGGAGGGCUCAAAUGCCCUCAGUAGUCAGGGCGAGCUAAUACGCCUCGGUGUACCUGAGUCUCCAUCGAACAUUUCCAUAAGGACCAACACAGGGGAUCCUUUUUCAUUGGUAGAUCUCCUCAAAAGUGAACCCAUGUGUCUACCCCUGGAAUAUUCAGGUGAGUUCGACCCACUGGGUGUCAGUGAGGAGCUGGUAGACCUGUCACAAGAGGAGCAGGCAGGUCUCCCUCCCUUACAGAGCAGGGAGACAUUGUCACCUGAAACCAGAGACAAAGGUUUAUUUCCUGAUGAUCAAGUGACGGAUCUGCCUGUAACCAGUAGCUCUACAGUGCAAGGGUCGCCGGAGAACAGCCUGUCACAAAACCACAUCAGCACACCACUGGAGUGUAUCGAAGGAUCUGUGUCUUUGUUGGAUUUAGAGGUUCCAGAUUGUGACUCCAGUCGGAGCCUGUGCCUGGCCAGUCCUGCCACUGUUAUCUGCACAGGUGCACCGGUGCUACAUUUAUCAACAGAGGAGUCGGAGGUGGAACACGAAGGAGCUGCUGUAAUUAGAAAUCUGACAUCUGAGCAACAGGGUGAGAAUGACUCAUUAGCUCUGGGUUUGUCAGCUGAACCCUCAUCACUGACUGUGCCUCUGGCUGAAGAUGUCUUCACCCAGGGGGAUUUCACCAGUGAGAGUUACUUUGUGGAAAAGGAUUUGAGGGUGGACAAAAUUAGUUCUGAAGCCAAAAAUCAGAGGAAUGAGGCAAUGGCUUUGGAUCUAUGCUUGACUGCUAAUGAGGUCCAUGACGAGGAAACCUGGGACUUGAAACAACAGGAGAGUGUACAAUGUGGAAGUGUUCCUGAUCCAGCACUUGAACAGAGGCAAGAGGAGAGUGUGAUCGACUCUAACCAGCUCGAGGAAUCAGAUUGUCAUGAAAUAGCCUCUUUUGAUAUUUCAGUUCAGGACUUUGACAGUUCUUCUCCUGAAGCUGGAUGGACUACUGAGCAAAAUGUGGAGACGAUUACCCUCUCUAAGAUGGUGGUAGAUGACUCAUUGCCAAUGGUUUCAGCUGUGAACACAAGGGAGGAUGAUGUCUCCCUGCUGAAAGCUGUUUUUGAUGCUUUGGACCAAGACGGAGAUGGCUUUGUUCGGAUUGAGGAGUUUAUGGAGUUUGCUGCUGCUUAUGGGGCCGAUCAGGUGAAGGAUCUGACUAAGUUUUUGGAUCCUAGUGGUCUUGGGGUGAUCAGCUUUGAAGACUUUCACCGGGGGAUUUCUGCAAUUAGCAACGGAGGUCCAGAACCACAGCUCUACAAUGUAAACUACAGUCCAGGGGAUGGAGCUGUGGGCUGUCCAGAGGAAUAUGAUGAGCAAAAUGAGGUGACAGACAGUGCAUAUCUGGGCUCCGAGAGCACGUACAGUGAGUGCGAGACCUUCACUGAUGAGGACACGGGGGCCCUCGUACCCCCUGAGAUGCAUGAGGAUGUGGAGACAGACAGCGGCAUCGAAGCCACGUUGCACGACCCUGAAGAUAGCAGAAAUAGGUUUUCCCUUAACUCGGAGCAUCAUAACCACUCGCUUGUGACGGUCAUCAGUGGAGAGGAGGAGCACUUUGAGGACUUUGGUGAAAGCAAUACCUCAGAGUUGCUCCUGGAGACCAGCGUGGAGGGGACAGAGGGGGAAUGCGACUCACCUCUCGCACAGCCCCUGGAGCAGGUUAAUGGCUCCUCACUUCUGUCUCCCAGUGCUGGUAAGAGGCUAUCCAGCAAGAAAGUAGCAAGACAUCUCCUCCAGAACAGCUCAAUGACUCUGGACACCAUGAGCGACUUAACGCGGGACAUCCUGGAGCUCGCUGACAAUGACAUCACAGACAAGGUGCUCCUCCUCGAGCGCCGAGUGGCCGAGCUGGAGAAGGAGUCGGAGGCCUCGGGGGAGCAGCAUGCGCGACUACGCCAAGAGAACCUUCAUCUCGUGCACCGGGCCAACGCCCUGGAGGAGCAACUGAAGGAGCAGGAGGUCCAUGCGGACGAGCAGCUACAGCAAGAGACCCGUCGCCACAAGGAGGCGCUGAGCAAGCUGGAGAGGGAGAGAGGGCUGGAGCAGGAAAACCUGCAGGCCAGGCUGCAACAGCUGGAUGAAGAGAACAGUGAGCUUCGGUCCUGUGUUCCUUGUCUACGAGCAAACAUUGAGAGACUAGAGGAGGAGAAGAGGAAGCUACAGGAUGAGACAGAAGCCAUGUCUGACAGACUGCAAGAUGAGACGGAGUCCCGCAGAAAGAUGGGUGACAAGCUGAGCCACGAGCGCCACCAGAGCCACAAGGAGAAGGAGUGCACGCAAGAGCUAAUUGAAGACCUACGUAAACAGCUUGAGCACCUACAGUUGUACAAGUUGGAGGCUGAAGCGAAGAGAGGGCGCUCACCUGGUGCAGGGCUGCAGGAGUAUCAGACCCGCACCCGUGAGGCCGAACUGGAGCAAGAGAUCAAACGACUCAAACAGGACAACCGCAGUCUGAAGGAUCAGAAUGACGAGUUAAACGGCCAGAUCAUCAACCUGAGCAUCCAGGGAGCCAAGAACCUGAUGUCGGCCUCUUUCUCCGACUCUCUGGCAGCUGAAAUCAACUCUGUGUCUCGCUCAGAGCUGAUGGAGGCUAUCCACAAACAGGAGGAGAUCAACUACAGACUCCAGGACUACAUCGACAAAAUCAUUGUGGCCAUCAUGGAGUGCAAUCCCUCCAUCCUGGAGGUCAAAUAGACUCCACACAGCCUGAGGGCCACUCAGAGAGGCUGUUUAAAAAAUACUGGAAACUUGGCUGAAAGAAAACUACCCAGAGAAGAUGUAAAAAUAUUCGGACAUCGUUUUGGUAGAAAAAAACAACAACGCACUCAAUUCAUCUAGCACCCCCCACCUCAAAAAAGAAGGAUUUAUGAAGUCCAUGGCUGUCAGUGGAAAAAUAAGCUAUUUUGAGUUAAACAUCCCUUGAGUCUGUACUUAUGUGUGAGUAUAUGUGUUUGCCCUCCUGAAAACACUUGGGUUCUGGUGACUUCCAUGUAUUUGGCUAGAGGGACCUGAGUCGCCCCCUGUUGAGUGAAUGAAUGUGUGAGAGGUCAGUGAUUCAGAGAAGAAAUCUACCCCCCCCCCCUCCACAAAAACAGUGUCAAUGUUUGAUUGAGCUAAAAACAAGGAAUAACAAGACAAUUAUACCUAAAAGCCUUAAAUGAAAGGUGAUACAUGAAUUAUACAUACCAUACUUGCCUCAGUUCAGUCAGUGGGCUGAGAUCUCCUGAUCCAGGCCGAGUUGUGUUUUCAUCACAAAGCGAGGAAGCCGUAUGAAGCUCUGAUCAGGAGACGAGUAGGUUCCGUCAUUAGUACGUUCAAAGCUUGCUGUGCUGCCUAAUUGUCCCUAUAACACUGUUCUGUCCUCCCAAGUUAUUUCCAGUGCACCCAAGCAAGGGACAUUUCAAGGGGCUGAGGAAGAGAAAUGCCCGGAGGGGAUUGUGUGUGUGUUUGUGUGAGGUGUUCUGUGUUUACUUUAAGGUUUUGAAAAAGCUCGGUGACACGAGAAAGCAUAAUGAGAAUGACCCAGUCGUUCUUGAAACUCUCCCAAAUGAAGGAACGUGGUGGAUUUAUAAUGUGCUUCAUCGUCUCAUUUAUUUUUACAAUGAAACAGGGUCCUGGAGCUCAGGUGGGCUGUAGGCUUCAUGUGGAAAAUUGACUUCGUUUCCCAUCACUCGCUGGCACAAAAUCUAUAUAACUCAAACUUAUGUCACUAAAUCUAUACUGACUGUUACUGGCUGAAACUGACAAAAUUGUACCACCUCAUCACUUUAUAAAACUCUGCAAACACUUGAAUUAAGCUUUAAGGGAAACUGAUGAGUGAUUCUGGGAGUUGUAGUUAAAGUUUUCUCAGCCCACCUGAUCCCAGCGUUCUCUUGCUGAGUGAAAGUGACGGAGAGCAUUCAGGUUACCAACGUUUUCUUUUUUUUUUUUCUUCUGUCUUUGCUGCACAAAUGAUUCAUCGUCAGUAAAAAUGUAACGCGUGACUGAAAACUGCUGACAUCCUGGAGGUUGUACUUUGCACUAAGUUUUGUUUUUGAUUUCUUUAUUGUUGAUAAAAAAAAUGUUUUAUGAAGGGAUCAAAUGUAAAAUUGAAUAUAUUUUGGAGGCUGCGUGAAGAUGAUAGUAUGUUGGAUUUGUUGCUACAGACACACCAGAGAAAGUCGGGGGCUGGUGUGUGCUGCAGGAGAAAGAAAAAAAACCCAUCACACUAUUCACAAUGACAUGUUGGAAAUAUACUACAAAAUAAGUUUUCA